AUGGAGUCCUCCUCUGUGGGGGUUACUCCUUCUCAUCAUGUUCCUCCAUAUCUGCUUUUUCUCAGCUUAUAUCCAAUAUUGGCUUCUUCUACAAACCCAGAUCUGGUUUGGGUUCUUCCUCAGGCGGUGGUUACUAAUGCCGAUUUACCUUCUGUUUCCCCUCCUGCGAUGCAUAAGGUUUCUCCGGCUGGGUUUGUAGCCCUGUUUCCGUGGAUCUCAAAGUUCAAAUCUACCUUUCAUAAUCUCUCUAAAGUGGCGUCGCCUUCUUUUUCUGAUGAUGGUACUCCAACUAUUCGGGCUCCAGCCUCAAUUACCCUUGGUUCUUCUCAAAUCUGGAAGGAUCACUUGGUGGCUUAUUUUCAUGGAAUUCCUCUUUCUUCGGCAAAGAUUUUUUCUGACCUUAAUCCCAUAUGGGGAAAGCAAGUCACAAGACAAUGGGUGCUUGAUGUUAGUUUUUGGAAUUCUGGAAAUUGUUCUUUCACUGUUUCUCCUUGGUCUCCAUCUGCCGAUCUCACUUCUAUGAAGCUAGUUUACGCUCCAAUCUGGGUUUUGUUCAAGAAGGUUCCUCCUGAACUUUGGUCGUUAGUUGGCUUUAGUACCAUCGCUUCUAGAGUUGGAAUUCCGGUUCAUUCUAAAUUUUCAAAGCUGUGUCCUUAUUCUAAUGGUGUGGUUAAGCUAAAGGUUGUUGUGGAGCUUGAGAAGAAACAUCAUGGAUCCGUCAUUCUCACUGACAAUGUGGCGAACUCAGUUCUGGUUUCUGCUGAGUAUCCUAAGCUUCCUCCUCGUUGUGGUUCGUGUAAGGAAUUUGGUCACUUGGACCUUCGUUGCCCAUCUCCAGCUUCCCGUGUUAAUUCCCCUGUUGAAGAUGUGGUGGGAGAAAAUUCCAGGCUCCUACGUGAAGUGAGUAGUUCUAGUGGGUGGCUUCGUGUUGUAAAUCGCUCUAAGCCUCGAAUUCAUUCACCUUCUGGGCCAGGUUCCACGAAUAACCAUCUGGUUACUACUGCUGAGUUUGAUGCAGAAGAGAACCUUAUUAAAGCUGCACAGGUUAUUAUGCGACAAAGAGUUGCAGCAUUGGAAGUACAGCCUCCUCCCUUUGUGUCCGCUGCUGUAAGGAAGAAAGAAAGGUGGAAGCAACGCCAGAAGCUUCUUCUCUUAUCUGCUUCAGAGCCUGGAUCAGAAAAUCGUGUUGUAUAG